CCCUCCCCGAGUAAAUUUGUUUUACUAUUCUUCCCUGCAUCAUGCACAACCUUUUGUCUGGCCACCCUGAAUUGUGUAAAUGCCAGCAACCCUGUCAGAGACUACAGACCUAGUCUGUACCACAGACUACAUGCAAUCUAUAUCAGCAAAGAUACCAAUGUAAGAAGAUAAGAAAGACCUUGAGGGCCUCCUAUUGCACUUUUUUGAUACCACUAUUUUUUUUUCACUUGUUGCAUGGAACCAUGGAUGGGAUUCUUAAGGUCAUCAGCCAAAUCUAUAUUCUUCUUUUUAUUUUCUCCUACCAUAAAAGUCAUUGCAAGAACUCAUCAUCUUUAAUGGUGAGGUUUCGUGUCAAAGAAGAAGUACCCAUUGGCACACUCAUUGGACAUAUAUCUGAUGUACCAGGCUGGAUAAAGGAUUCAAAUGAAGAAUACCAGAUCAUGCAGGAGACCAACUCUUUUCCAGUGCAAGUUGGUUCAAAAAGUGGAUCACUAACCACCACGGGACGUCUGGAUAGAGAACAGCUUUGUCAUGUCCAUGGUCAUUGCAUUUUAUCUUUUAAUGUGCUGGCAACCAAGGUCUUGUCCUUAGUACAUGUGGAAAUUGAGGUUUUGGAUAUCAAUGACAAUGAACCAAUAUUCCCCAAACCGGAACUGGACUUGGAGAUAUCAGAGAGUGCUUCUUUACGUACAAGGAUCCCUCUUGACAGAGCUUGGGAUCCUGACAGUGGCAGCAAUGCAGUGAAGCUAUAUACCCUUUCACCGAAUGACCACUUUACUUUAAAUAUGACUUCUGGUUCUGAUGGUAACAAACAUCCAGAACUGGUGGUGCUAAAGGAACUGGAUAGGGAACAGCAGUCUUCUUUCAACCUAGUCCUAACUGCAUUGGAUGGGGGACACCCACAAAAAUCUGGGACAGUCCAAGUCAGGAUUAAUGUUUUGGAUUCUAAUGACAACAGCCCAACUUUUGGACAAAGCUCUGUUAUUCUAGAAGUCUCAGAAGACACAUCACCUGGUACGCUUCUUAUAAAUCUUACUGCCACUGACCCAGAUCAAGGUCAAAAUGGUGAAAUAGAGUUCUCAUUGAGUAAACACAAUUCUCACCACGUCAUCAGUAUGUUUUCCAUUGACCAAAAAUCUGGUGGAAUAGUUCUGAGAAAGUCCCUUGAUCAUGAGCAAAGACAUUCUUAUGAAUUAGAUGUGCAAGCAAAGGAUUUAGGACCUAACCCUAUCCCUACCCACUGCAAAGUAGUCAUCAAGGUCCUAGAUAUUAAUGAUAAUGCACCUGAUAUCAAAGUCACGUGGGCUUCCAAAGAUUCUUCAGAGAUUGUGGUAUCCGAGGCUGUCCCGCUGGGCAGCUUUGUAGCUCUAAUAAUGCUUAAUGAUCCAGAUUCUGGUAUGAAUGGAGAGGUACACUGCCAGCUGAUUCAAGACCAUGAACAUUUUCGGUUGGAGAAAACUAAUGGCAACAGUUAUAUUUUAGUAACCAACACCAUAUUGGACCGAGAGAAGCGUGAUGAGUAUGAAUUGACCAUCCAAGCUAAGGAUCAAGGUGAGCCCUCAUUUUCUGCUAGAAAAUCCUUGAAAAUUCGUGUUAGUGAUGCCAAUGACAAUCCCCCUGUUUUUGAGAGGCUAAGCUAUGAUGUCUUCUUAGAUGAAAACUGUGCUCCUCUAACUCAUCUCCUUACUCUAAAUGCUGAAGAUAUUGACGUAGGAGAUAAUGCUAAAGUCACAUACAGUAUUAUUGACUCUGUCAGCUAUGAAGUACCAGUAUCUACAUUAGUUUCCAUCCACUCCAAAACAGGUAAAAUUGUAGUACUUAAGUCCAUAGACUAUGAGGAAAUUAAAGAAAUUAAGUUCUUAGUCCAAGCAGAAGAUAACGGUGACCCAAGACUUAGCAGCAACACUUCAGUUCAGGUAUUUGUAAAAGACAAAAAUGAUAAUAGUCCAUUGUUCGUUCAACCAAAACUUAAGAGAGGCCGGGCUAGCAUUACUGUCCUAGUUAAUGCCGAUACAGGAUAUUUUCUUUCUGCCAUGGAAGUGGCCAAUUCAGAAGCGUUUGGAUAUACACAACAUGAAAUAUUGUCAGAGACUGCAAAACUCAACAUACACCCAUUAUAUCAAGUGGUAGCUACUGAUGCUGACUCAGAGGAAAAUGCUAAACUUUUCUAUCACCUCACUGGCAACCACCAAGGCUUGUUUAUUAUGGAUGAACACCUAGGACAUAUAUACCUAAAUGCAAGCAAUGCUAGUAGCUUUAUUGGAAAUGCGAUUGACUUGGAAGUCACUGUUAAAGAUAGUGGAACACCUCAACUGGAGACAAAAGCUCAGCUUCAUUUGAUGUUUAGCAGCCACUUGGACCAUUUAAAAAAUUCAGCAAGUGACUCCGAUGGAAAGCUAAGCCUAACCAUUGUGAUUGUUAUUUGUCUGGCAGUCCUUUUGGCUAUUUGUCUUCUAAUACUAACUCUUGUAAUGUCCUUUUGUCGAGUGGACAGGAAGGACAACAGAGCUUACAACUGUAGGGAAGAAGAAUCAGCUUAUAGAAAGCAACCAAGGAGACCCCAAAGGCAAAUCCAAAAAACAGAUAUCCAUGUGGUCCCUGUACUUAGAGGUAGGCAACAGCAGCAACCUGUCACACCAAUAGAAGAAGCCAAGCCAUUUCCUGCCCCAGAUGAAGAUGUAGAAGAUGAAUCCCUCCAUACUCCUUUCCAUCUAACACCCACUCUUUACCGUACAUUAAGAAACCAGCAUAAUCAUGAUACACUUCAAGAAGAUACUACAGAUUUAGAGCAAUCUUUCUCUUUGCCCCCUUCUGUAUGCCGAACUUUACAGUAUCAAAGACAGAGAAGCUACUCAAGAGAAAACCUUCAAGACACACAUGGAACCCUACCUGCAAACAAUAAAAUAUUGAAAAAUCCUGGAAGUCCCCAAAUCAGAAAACCUGAUGAUAUGAAUUCAUCUGAAUCUGUGAUAUUCAAUGGAGGGGAGUUCUCACCAGCCACAUCUCCAACUCUAAGACGCCAAAAGAAUGUAGAACAAUCUUCUAAGGAACAAAUAAUAAGAAGCUUGGUACGUUUGUCUAUGGUAGCACUGGCAGAGAAAGACGCAGUGGAUCUCACAAUGCAGUCCCCACAUGUACAGCAGAUUUCUCAGCUCCUGUCCCUGCUCCACCAAGGACAGGUUCACCCCAGGACACUUCACAGAGGGAACAAGUACUCCUCCAAAACUGGCAGAAGUACAGGGCAAGAAGUGGACUGUCAGAGCACGAAGGACAGCGGGCACGGUGAAAGUGAGGCGGGUGACUUGGACUCUGAGCCAGGUGGAGAUUUUUCUUCGACCCAUCAGAUGGUAGAGGACAACCUGGAGGCUCUUUUUGGUCCAUGUAUAGGUACAGAGAACAAUCGGUUAAGUGAUCUAGAUCCAGGGUGGAUUGCCCGUCUUUCCUUGCCUUUAGCCAACAACUACAAGGAGAAUAUCUUUACUCCAAAUACUCAGAUCACUCAAGAGCCUACAAUAACUGCAGCGGACAAAGAAGAUCUAAGAACCUUCCUAACAUUUGGCAAAGCUGCUGAUGGGUCUCAAGAAAACAGACUGGCCAGCACCUUCCUUUCCGAAAUGAGUUCUCUGUUUGAGAUGCUCCUGGCGCAGAAAGCCGAAUCUCAUGGAAACACACCUUCUGAGGUGCUUAUGAGGCUGUCUGCCUGCAGCAAGAACAUGGGUAUGGACAGUAAUAGAAGCGAAGGUUCCAAGAAUUAGCAAGGAGACUAAGAGGGUCAAAAUGGGCAAGUGGUUCUACUGGCGGCCUCUACUUGUAUUUAUAAGGCACUUAUGGAGAACUCUCCAAAUCCAUAAUGACUGAAUAGAAUUGUAGAUAUAAUAGAUGAUAGGGUUAUGGUAACACUUGGUUUAACUGAUAAAUAUGGAUUAUUGGUGACUUUUAUAGUAUCAACAAGAGUAGUUAGCAACUUGGAUGUUCACAUUAUGUAGUACAGUGUAUAACGUGAUCACAUAGUGACGUAAGGACAUGGAUAUUGGUGCUACCAAAGACACAUUUGCACAUCUUAUCACUUUGGUCAUUUUGCAUUCAUUGUGGACACUUAGGUGGACAAAUGGCUUCUGGCUUCCUAAAGGUAGAUGUAGAAAAUGUGUGUAUAUUGUAUUUAUACUAUUAAAAUGUCUACAGAUAUUCAACAUGACCCUAUGCUGAAGCCAAAAGUACGCUGAUUGAGCAAAGCGGAAAAGAUUGGACUGGUUUGACAACCUAGUCCAUACUACUUAUCUUAUCCUAUCCAAGAGUGGCCAUACACGUUAUAUGACUGUCGGCUGACACCAAUUCCUCUCGAUUGCCUCAUAUACAUGCACACUCCACGUGGUCUGGUUCUCAAGGAGAUGGAAAUAAGCUGCUGCUGCCAGACACCUCUGCUUUAGUUGCUUGGUGGGUCAACAUUCAUCUAAUGAGUAUGGCCACCUUUAUGACUACUUUCUACUCUAUUUUGUAUCCUGGCUUGUUAUACUGUAUAUCACUUAAAUAAUGUAUUUCAGUUUAGUUGUGUCAGAAUAGCAGUACUGAACAAAAAGUAACUGGAAAAGUGUUUUUUUAAUUAAGUUGUUCCUUUUUUAUCAUUUUACAUUCAUUGUUGAUUUUACACUUAUUAUCACUUGCUAGAUCAGUGGUGCUCAACCGGGCAUAUUACAAGGGCCUCAGCUGCAGAAAGUGACCAAGAUUUACUAAGGAAAAUGGGCUAGAAUUCUGUCUCGAUCUGCAUCUAAACACUCAGUUACACGACGCAGAUCAUUUAUUGUUUUAGAAAAUUUUUAGAUCUCUUCAAGGUCGAGUUAGAUCAUUUUAGUAAAUUCCCCUAUUUACUUAAAGGGGUUAUCCAGGAAAAAAAAUU